AUGUCCAUCAAGGCAGCCAUCCUCGGGGCGAUGAUUAUGGCCCCAAUGCAGUCCCUGUUCACUCAGAUGGCCGGAACGGUGGACUUCAUGGAAGUGGCAUGCUCAGCCACGAGUGCACUCAGCACUGAGAUGGAAGCAAAUGGCUACUCGAUCCAGAGAGUGAACUAUCUGGAGGGCUUCGACCUUGACAAGAAGUCUGGCACAGAGAAGCUGACCACCAGCAUGAAACAACUGAAGCCCAAGAUGACAUGGGAACAAGCAAACUUCGAAAAGCGGCAGCAGCGUGAUCUCAAGCGCGCUGAUGAGGACGUGCAAGUCCAUCUCCUGGGAGUUGAUGAAGAUGAAUCCCAACAAAGCUGGGAAGGUCAAGCAAGACGAGAUGAGCCUUCCAUCCUGGCCCUGACGAGACAGUGCUAUCCUGAAGAAAGGUCAUCCCUCCAUGGCAAACUUGCAGCAGCCCGCAACGCCCCUCCUUGGGCAGUGGCCUUAGCAGGUGAACUCCGGUGCAGUGAAUGCAUCGAAGCAAAGAAGCCCCGGCCAGCUCCGCCUGCAAGCACAGGUGAACUUCCAGCUCUGUUCGAGCAAGUCGGGACGGACGUUUUUGAAGUGGAGUUCAACCACCAUGAAUCCCAAGAAGCUCAAAAGGCCAAGUUCAUUCUGUGGCGGGACAGAGCAAGCGGCCUGGCCCAAGUCGACCUGGCAAGUUCGCAAUUGGGAGUGAUCGACUUCAUGGGCCGAAGCGGCAUUGGGCUGAUGAAUACCCCUGCAGAAGCACACUGGUUGCUUGGAGCUGAAGAAGGCUGCAUUGGCCUCCUGAAGGCCACAUUGUCUCGCUUGAAGAAAGAGACACCAGCCCUCGAUAUUGAGGCUCAACUGACCGGCAAGAGGAAGACGCACAUGAAGGCCCUCAUCGAAGGAUCCUCCCAAGUCCUGAUUGAAGAUGACUAUAAAGAGUCAGAGGAUCCCCACCGAUUGCUCCAAGAACGGUGGACAGGGGAAACUUGGUUUGAGAUUUCAUCUGCUCAAGCAAGCAGUGGCCCGCAGAAGAGGGCGCCAAAAUUAGGUGCAAGCAAAGCCGUGAAGAAGAAGGCCAAGGCCACACCUCUCGAGGGAGAGGACACGGCAGCUAAUGAGACAACAGGAUCGGGAGCAGUCAUCCCCAUGCCUGAUGAAAGCCUGCAAGAGGCUCUUCGUGAACGUGGUCCGGAUGCAGUUGAUGGCAUCCCUGGCAAUCCAGUAAGCGGACCUGCAGACCAUUCUGGAAACCAUUGUAAAGUCCAGAACUGCCAGCUCCCCGGAGGUUUCUUCGUCAAGUUCGAGCUCUUCCUCGAGCUCAUCCUCUUCAGAAGAAGAAAUGGUGACGAGGUGGCACCGAAUGUGCACUUCUUGGGCCACUACGGUGUGGCCUCUGUGGUGGGCCUCAAGGUCCUAAGCCGUGCCGCCCAGCUGGCCAAAGAGCAGAAGCUGCCUGUGUUGCCUGUAUACUUUUUGGAUCCUCGUCAGUUCCAGUCCACCAAGUUUGGCACGCUGAAAACGGGUGCCUUCCGUGCUCUCUUCCUCCUGCAAUCGGUGCGGGUCUUGAAGCGGCGGCUGCGAGCAAUAGGCUCUGACCUCUUGAUACAGGUUGGAAAGCCGGAGGAGCUUUUGCCCAAACUCCUUGCUGAGAAGUCCAUUGUACUGACACAGGAAGAGGUGACCUCUGAAGAGCUCAGGGUGGAUGAUGCGUUGCGGCAAGCGCUACAGCAAAAGGGCUGUGAGGCCUUUGAGUACUGUUGGGGCAGUACCCUCUUUCACAAGGAUGACUUGCCCUACCAGAAGGACUUGAGGGACGCUCCGGAUGUUUUUACGACCUUCAAGAACCAGGUGGAGCCUGAAAUGGCUGCAAGAGUCAACGAGGUUCCAGAGACCUUUCGUGGUGGCCGAAAAAGCCGCAGCUCCAUGGGAGUCAGGCCCUGUUUGCCGGAACUGACAGCUGGCAGCCUACCGUUCCCUGAAACCGGAGCGGCCCUGGACUUUGAGCUGGUCUUUGAACCGGAGUGGAAGGACUUGCCGUACCCAGCACCUGUUGAUGAACCCGUUCUGCCUGAGACGGCUGCCAUGCACUUCGAAGGUGGUGAGGAGGCUGCUCUUGCGAGGCUUCAGUAUUACUUGUUUGAGACAAACGCAGUCGCCAAGUACUUUGACACGCGCAACGGCAUGCUGGGUCCAGACUACUCCACGAAAUUGGCUCCGUGGUUAGCAUUCGGUUGCUUGUCCCCGCGAAAGAUCUUCGAGCAGAUCCGCGAAUAUGAGAAGGAGAUUGUGGCAAACAAGUCCACGUAUUGGGUGCUUUUUGAGCUGAUGUGGCGCGACUUCUACCGCUUCUUUGCCGCAAAGCACGGCCGCUCGGUGGAUUUGGGGCGUGAAAUGGAUGGCAGGAAGCAUCUGGUUGCGAAAGGCAAUCAAAUCUUCAAGUUGCAUGGCAUCUCUGGAAAAGGAGAUUGGAAGCCAGAUCAAGAACUCUUCCGGCUUUGGGCUGAAGGAAAAACCGGAUACCCUCUGGUGGAUGCGAACAUGCGAGAGCUUAGUGCCACUGGCUUCAUGUCCAACCGAGGGCGUCAGAACGUGGCCUCGCAUGAACCUAGCUGGGUGUAUAUCCCCAAAUCCACCGAAAUGUAUCUUCAUACCUUCCAGAUGACGCCUCCGGCGACCAGUGUGGCGUGGUGUGGGGUGAAGACUCCUGGUCGCCUUGACCGUGAGGAUGGCGCCUACUUGAGACAUUGGCUCCCCGAGCUCCGUCGCUUGGAAUCAAGAGGACGUGAGGAGAAGGUGAAAUUUGGUGCUGAGAGCUACCCUCCUCCGUGCCUGGACCCUUCGAAGUUCCGUGAUGAUGCUUCGUCACGGCCCCGCAAGAAGAACCGUGGAUGGCCCAAAGGCAUCUACCCCAUGAGUGACGGCUGGGUGCCACCCUGCUAUCCAAAAGAGGAAGAGCUUAUAGAGUAUGAGAACCGUAUGAAUGCCAGGAAAAAGGCAACCUUAGUCAAGCGGCACCUGUGCAUCAAGGAGCCACAGCUGCAACAGCUUUCCAAGACGGAAUUCGCCCAGAAGAGUGAGUACUCGAUGCUCGCCUACGGCAUUGGUGAGGGUGAGUAUUCCGGGGAAGGCGAUGACCGCAGCUACUUUGUCAUCCUCUACUACGAAGCCGCCAAGAAGAGCAAGGUGGAGAGGGCCUUCAAGUCUACAGGCGUGGAGCUUGCAGACUAUGAGCAGGUGGUCGUAGAUCCCGAUUCCAAGAUGGAGCAAGAGGAGAAAUUCAUGUAUGCCCACGGGGCUGGGAAUGCCGGUGAGUGCAUCGUCGGCGAGUACGAGUAUCACGUGGUUCCAAAGGGCAGCCCUGACUAUGAUGACCCCUGGGGGCCAACUCAUCCCGAAGAUCGCCAGAACCGUUCAGUGGUCUAUUUGACAGAUGCGAACAUCGAGGGUGACCGCGGGCUCUUCGCCGGUGCCCCCAUGCCACUGAAUGAGGAAGCCAGGUUCAUCGAUGGUUGCUACACUCCCCUGGCCAUUGACCGGCUCUGUGAAGAGAUCGCGGACAGUGGAGGUGUAGAUCUACUCUUGACUUCAGAAUGGCCAAAGGGCGUGAUGACCACCUUAAAGGAAGCCUGGCCAGAAGAGGCAGACGUCAGAAAGCUUGCAAAAGGCGCUGCUCGGCAGUGCUCCAGCCCAGCAGUGGCGGAGCUGGCCGUGGCCGCCGAGCCGAAGUACCACGCGGUUGGCCUGGGUGGAGUCUUCUGGCGGCGUCAGCCUUGGCGCCACGAGCGUCGUGGUGAGGUUGAAGCCUCGACUGGGGUGCUGAAGUGUGGCGUUUGCCGCAUGAUUACACUAGGUGCUGUGGAUGGUAGCAGACCGGGUGUCAAAGAUAUGCCCACUGCGAAGUACAGCCAUCGUUACAAGAAGCCGGAGGACACCUGCUUGGAGAUACUCCUUGGAUCUUGUGUUAUGGGAAUCACCUUGAACUCCUUGCAACUACUUGGUAAGAUCACAUCUUUUGCGUUCUCCUUUCAUUCUUCUUGCCCAAAAACCGGCAUACAGCCUUCAACCCGGCGAUAUCAAAAAGGAAGAAACAAACGAAAACACAGAAAAGCAGCCGUGAAACAAGGACGAGGCGCCUCCGAAACCUCAGAAGUGGCUCCAUGGCUUGGAGUUGGACCCCAAGGUGGGGAUCUCACUCCUGUCUCCGGAGAUCGUUCCAAAAAGCUUUAA